UGAUGCUUUUCGUGUGUUCAGUUGUAUGCCGAUGAAAAAUGUCCAUACUUGGACUGCUUUGAUUAAUGCUUUUGCAAAAAACAAGUAUAGCAAUGAGGCCCUGGAUUUGUUUGAACAAAUGCUGGAGGAGAAAAUUUCUCUUAAUUCUUUCACAUUUGUAGGUGUUUUAAGUGCUUGUGCAGAUCUUGCUUUGAUAGCAAAAGGCAAACAGAUUCAUGGACUCAUAAUCAGAAGUAGCUGUAGCCUUAAUUUUCUGAACGUAUACAUAUAUAAUGCCUUAAUUGAUAUGUACAGUAAGAGUGGUGACAUGAAAUCAGCUAGGACGUUGUUUAAUUUGAUGCCUGAAAAGGAUGUAGUGUCGUGGAAUUCAUUGAUAACUGGGUUUGCCCAGAAUGGGCUUGGAAAGGAAGCACUUAUUGCCUUUAGAAGGAUGAUAGAAGUAGGGAUAAGGCCUAAUAAAGUGACGUUUCUUGGUGUGCUGUCUGCCUGUUCCCAUACUGGUUUGUUAUCUGAAGGGUUAUAUCUUCUGGAGUUAAUGGAAAAGUUUUUUGGUAUUAAGCCUAGUUUAGAUCAUUAUGCAGUUUUGAUUGAUAUGUUUGGAAGAAAAAAUAGACUUGCAGAAGCAUUGGAUUUAAUAGCUAGAGCACCCAAUCGAUCAAACCACGUUGGAAUAUGGGGUGCAGUUUUGGGGGCUUGUCGAAUGCAUGAAAAUUUGGAUCUGGCUAUGAGUGCUGCAGAAACUUUGUUUGAGAUGGAGCCAGAUAAUGCCGGAAGGUAUGUGAUGUUAGCUAAUAUAUUUGCUGCAGCAAGUAGAUGGAUGGAUGCCCAUAAUGUGAGAAAACUUAUGGAGGAAAGAGGUUUCAAGAAGGAAGUAGCAUAUAGCUGCAUAGAAAUAAGAAAUAGAGGACAUAAGUUUGUGGCAAGAGAUAACUCCCAUAGUCAGAUGGGCGAGAUAUAUGAGCUAAUGUUUAUACUACUAGAUCAUAUGAAAAAUUUUGGUUGCAUGCCCUUUGACAACGGUAUUUACUUUUAUGAUGGAUAUGGUAUUUGAACUUUGAGCAUGAUCUAUUUGGAUCCCGUGGCUCAGUGUUGCAAUUGUAUGACAUUGGAAAAGUUAGCAAUUUUUAGGAAUGAAAUUGAGGAUAUGAAAGCUGGAAGAUGAAGCUAGAAAGCUCAAGAGGACAGAAUGCCAUCAAGUAGGAGGAAGAAUACUGUACUGGAACUGGAGAAAUGAUGAAGUUCGACUGUUCUUAAUCUAGACAGAAAAAUUUGAAGGUGCAAGGUCUGUCUUAUGAAUUAGUGUGCAGAGAUGAAAGUCAGAAGUAAUUUCUCCUUGAAACAGAAACAUCUUUCCUUUGUCGUGGUUGCUCUUGUAUUCACUGCCUUGGUUUUGUGGGCCUGGGAGGAAAAUCCUUUUCUUACGACUUCUCAAUCAGUUCAAGCGUGGUACAGAACUUCAAAUGCAGGGUUCAUCGUAGGUUCCGUAAACAAUUCUGCAUUACCUAACACAAGAAAGGAGAAUACUGCAGAAACAUAUUCAAAUUUAAGUACAAAAGAACAGAUAGUAAAAGAUGAUGCACAUUCAGAAGUUACACCGACAGAUUUUGCAUCCAAAUUUCCCAACAGGAACAAGAGUAAUGAGAAUGCCUGCAGCUAUGCUAAUGGUGAAUGGGUCCCAGACAACAGUCAGCCGCUAUACUCUGGUUUUGGAUGUAAGCGAUGGUUAUCAGCAAUGUGGGCAUGUAGACUGACCCAGCGUCCAGAUUUUUCAUAUGAGAGAUAUCGUUGGGUUCCCAAAGAUUGUGAAAUGCCACCGUUCGAGCGGUCUAAAUUCCUGCAAAGAAUGCAGGACAAAACCAUUGCAUUUAUUGGCGAUUCAUUGGGAAGGCAGCAGUUUCAGUCUUUGAUGUGUAUGGCCACUGGUGGGGAAGAGAGCCCAGACGUUAAAGACGUAGGAAAGGAAUAUGGUCUUGUCAAAGCUAAGGGUGCUAUUCGUCCAGAUGGAUGGGCGUAUCGUUUCCCGAGCAGCAAUACUACUAUUUUGUACUAUUGGUCAUCAAGCCUCAGCGAUUUAUUGCCUUUGAACAUCUCAGACCCAGCCACAGAUGUAGCCAUGCAUCUUGACCGUCCACCAGCAUUCCUGAGAAAGUUCCUCCAUCUGUUUGAUGUGUUGGUUCUCAAUACUGGACAUCACUGGAAUAGGGGGAAAAUCAGAGAUAAUAGGUGGGUAAUGUACAAAGAUGGAAUUCGCAGUGAACUCGGGAACUUGAAAGAAAUUGGCAGAGCUAAAAAUUUUACAGUUCAUAGUAUUGUCAAAUGGCUUGAUUCGCAACUUCCCUCUCAUCGUCGACUCAAGGCAUUUUUUAGGACCCUGUCUCCUCGCCAUUUCAGUAACGGGGAAUGGAAUACUGGCGGUAACUGUGACAAUACCUCACCAUUGUCUAGAGGAAGCAAAGUUGUGCAGAGUGGAUCAAGUGAUCCAGUUGUUGAGAGUGCUGUAAGAGGUACACAGGUAAAGAUUUUGGAUAUAACUGCUCUUUCCCAGCUGAGGGAUGAGGCUCACAAAUCCCGGUACAAUAUCAAAGGAACUCCGGGCAGUAGCGAUUGCUUGCAUUGGUGUCUCCCCGGUAUCCCGGAUACAUGGAACGAGAUUCUUAUUGCACAAAUAUAGGUUCUUUAAUUUUGUCCUAAAAGUUCACUUUUGAUACCCCUUCCUUGCAGUAAUUGACCUGUGGGGAAGAUUAAGGCUGGUUGAAGGAGAGAUGGCAUGGCAUUGGUGUUGUUGAUAUUUGGUGGCGUUAGACAAUUGUAUAAUCAGGUUCAUAUAUCAAUUACUGGUUCCAUUUAUCAAUAAAUGAAAUUUGUGGUGCAGUUCCUCUGAA